AACCACAACCUUUCGGAGAUCCAACCCUUUUUUCGUGAUUGGCUACAAGUCUGGAGACACAUAAGAUCCGGAAAUACCGCACGCCUUAAACACUUUACUCCGUGUUUGCCUUCGUGUUGGUUGAUCAUUUUCCUCUAGUCUCUUCAUACGGCAGAAAGUUCAAACUACAAAGGCGAACAUGUCGACGGAAAAGAGCUUAGCAAAAGGAAGUGCUGCUCCUGGCCCGGUCCCCAAAGACCACAUCAGACUUUACAGCAUGAGGUUUUGCCCUUUUGCUCAGAGGACCAGAUUAGUGCUGCACGCCAAAGGGAUAAAAUUUGACACCAUUAACGUCGACCUGAAAAAUAAGCCUGAUUGGUUCCUGGAGAAGAACCCGUUUGGUACCGUUCCAGUCCUUGAGACACCUGCUGGUGAAGUCAUAUAUGAAUCCUCCAUCACCUCUGAGUACCUGGAUGAAGUCUAUCCUGAGAAGAAGCUGCUUCCAGCCUUUGCUUAUGCCAAAGCUCAGCAGAAGAUGUUGCUGGAGCAUUUUGCAAAGUUGGUACCAUUAUUCUACAGGAUUCCAUCCGCAAAGAAGAAUGGUGACGAUGUGUCAGGAAUGGAGGCUGAACUGAAAGAGAAAUUAGGCAAAUUGAAUGAUGAGUUGGUGCAAAAGAAGACCAAGUUCUUUGGAGGUGAUUCCAUCACAAUGAUAGAUUACAUGAUGUGGCCAUUUUUUGAGAGAACAGAGGUCUUUGAAGUGCAGCACUGUCUGGACCACACUCCUGAGCUGAAAAAGUGGAUCGAGCUCAUGUUGAAGGACCCAGCUGUUAAAGCCACCAUUCACCCUGUGGAAACACACAAGAUAUUCUACAAGAGCUUCGUUGAAGGGAAACCGGACUUUGAUUACGGCCUUUAGGAAAUGCUGACCAAGCGGUGCAUUUCUAAUGACAGCUUUUCAAUGUUUAUUGCAGCUAAACCAAAAAGAGUUUAAGGGCUUCCUUUAAACAGCAAAACCCAAAUGUUUUUAUUGGGCAUGCAACAUUGUUCUUACAUAUUUGUAAUGAUCUCUGUCUCUGUAGCAAUGUUUUAAAUAGAAGCAAAAUGGAUUAAAUAAUUUCUGAAGUCAUGA